CACCCUUUCCCCCCCUGCUGCUCCCUCCUCUAUUUCUUCUUUGAUUCGUUCCUUUUCUGUGUGUGUGUGAGAGAGAGAACUCUAUACGUCCAUUUCUCCACAGAGAGAGAUAUUUGCAGAGUGUUGUGAAGAAGGAAACAAAAGAAGCAAGCAGACAAAGCAAAAGCUAGCUAGAGUGCUCUUUCAUGAGAGUAUCUCUCUGCCCACACCACCAACAACAAGAAGGAAGAAGGAGACGGUAGAUCAAAACUGAUAAUCCCAAAUCAGUAUGUGUAAUUCAAUCGCCGUCGCCACCCUGUCCGUCGCCGAGAAACAGGCGGACUCCCUGCUAAAAACCGCCAUUGCCGUCCAACCCAUCUGCUCACUUCCCAAGAAGACCACUCUCCAUUCCCCAAAUCCAAGCCCGCCUCAAGCAAUCUACGAGAAAUACGGCGGCCAUUGCUACACACCUCCUUCCCUCGCCGAUUUCAUCACCGAAGCCAAAGCUCUGUUCAGCCUCGCCUUCCCAAUCGCACUCACGGCCCUCAUCCUCUACUCCCGCUCCAUCCUCUCCAUGCUCUUCCUCGGCCACCUCGGCGACCUGGAGCUCGCCGCCGGCUCCCUCGCCAUCGCCUUCGCCAACAUCACCGGAUACUCUGUUCUCUCCGGCCUCUCCUUAGGCAUGGACCCACUCUGUUCCCAAGCCUUCGGUGCCAAACAGCCAAAACUCCUCUCCCUAACCCUCCACCGCUCCGUGAUUUUCCUCCUCUUUUGCUGCAUACCCAUCUCCUUCCUCUGGAUCAACGUCGCCCAGAUCCUCCAAUUUCUCCGGCAGGAUCCCCAAAUCGCUGGAUUAGCCCGAACCUACCUCCUCUGUUCUUUACCUGAACUUCUCACCAAUUCAUUCAUCCACCCAAUCCGAAUUUACCUCCGAUCCCAAGGAAUCACCCGCCCGCUCACCUUAUCCUCCUUCUCCGCCGCCAUCCUCCACUUGCCCCUCAACUUCCUCCUCGUCAAUCGGCUGAAAUUCGGGGUAGCCGGGGUCGCCGCCGCCUCCGCCGCGUCCAAUUUCAUCUUCCUCCUCUCUCUGGUCUCCUACGUCUGGGCGUACGGCCUCCACGAGCCUACCUGGACCAAACCGAAUCUGACCGACUGUUUUUCCGGUUGGAAGCCGCUGAUCCGGCUGGCCGGACCGAGCUGCGUCUCCGUCUGUUUGGAGUGGUGGUGGUACGAGAUCAUGAUUGUUUUGUGCGGGCUGCUCUCAUCGCCGCAGGCCACGGUGGCGUCGAUGGGGAUCCUGAUCCAAACGACGUCGUUGAUCUACGUCUUCCCCAGCUCGCUCAGCUUCGCGGUGUCGACCCGGGUCGGAAACGAGCUCGGGGCGGGCCGGCCCAACGGGGCGAAGCUAUCGGCCGGCGUGGCGGUCCUGAUCGCGUCCGUGAUGGGCCUAACGGCCUCGACGUUCGCGUCGGGAAUGAGGUGGCGGUGGGGCCGGAUGUUCACGGGCGACGCGGAGAUCCUACGGCUGACAUCGGCCGCGCUGCCGAUCCUGGGGCUGUGCGAGCUCGGCAACUGCCCGCAGACGGUAGGGUGUGGUGUCCUCAGGGGCAGCGCCCGGCCCGCCAGCGCGGCGAACGUGAACCUCGGCGCGUUCUACCUCGUGGGCCUGCCCGUGGCGGUUGGGCUCUCAUUCUGGGCCGGGCUCGGGUUCUGUGGGCUAUGGAUCGGGCUCCUCUCCGCCCAGAUCUGCUGCGCUGGCCUGAUGCUGUAUGUCGUCGGGAAUACUGACUGGUGUUUCCAGGCCAGGCGGGCCCAGUCGCUAACCUGCGCCGGGGGUGGUGGCGUGGUUGCUGCGGAUUAUGAAGAUGAUGGACAGCCAUUGAUGACCCAACAAAGAGUGUAGCAUCUUCUUCUUCAUUAUUAUUUUUCUUAAUAUGUGAAUUACUAAUUUUUCUGGGGUUGGAGGGGAAGAGAUAUUUUGGAUGAAGAUAAUAUGAAAAAGAGGAAAUUUUGUCUAAUUUCAUACCUAUUUUUAUUUUUAUUUUUCCCCCUUUAUCAAUUUAUUAAUUACUUGUUUCAUAUUAUUUUGUGGCUGCCUUCCUCUUCCUUCCCAAUCAAUCUCUACACAACAUGUUCAAAUACGAGUUGGGGAGCAUGGGUCCUCAAAUUGGGGAGCCACUAGAGAGAAAUAUGGGGCAUAUGCACUACAAAAUGAAGGGGAAGAAAACAAGUAGAAAGAAACUAGGAUAUGGGGUGUCUCUCUAUGUAUGUAUAUGCAUUAUUACAAUCACAUUGCGAUGUGCCCUAUCGUAUCUUAGGAUCUUUGCUAGCACAUAUUUUAAUUUGUUCACAACUAUAGCUAGUUCUGUAGCGGAUUGGCAUCUUAAUGAUCUCUUCAGCGUCUUUUUAUUUGUGUUAUCGUUACUGUCUAUGGCUGUUUGCGGGUUUUAACAUGGUCAAGCAGUAAAUGCAUUAAUAUUACACACACAUUGUAGCUUUGUGUCGUAUCAUUGAAGGAUUUUGUGAAAACCAUUGUAGAAAACCCUGAUGAUGACUGACAGUCCGACGUGCAAUGAAUUUUUUCACAAUUCGGUACGAUAAGAUGUAGGAACGAUUUUUUUUUUUUUUUUUUGCCUUCUUCUCUGUAUUUUGUUUUAUAUAAUUUGGAAGGGGGGAGCAGUACAUGUUGCAGUGAUAAUAGAAGAGGAAUAAUGAUGAAGGUGGGGGGAGUAGUGUUGAUAGGUGGGAGAGAGGGGUGUCUCAAAGAUUCAGACAUGUUUGGUCCUGAAACUUCUAAGCUGGAAGGGGAGAAGGGUGAUGGAUGAUGGGGUAGACAAAAAUGGCCUGUUAUGGAAAAUGUACAAACUUGAUCCAGCUUGGAAGUUGACACAUGCAUGAGGAAAAGGAAUCUAUUGCACUCACCUACCUACAACUUGACACCCAUCAUUGUUCUUCUACCUCCCCUCUCUCUCUCUCUCUCUUAAACACACCAAGUAAUUUUGAAGAAAAAACUUCUGCCACACAAAAAAGUAGUUUGGUCUGGUCCUGACGGUUUAUGGUUCAUAUCGGGGAGAGCUGAAAUACGGAUGAGAAAUCAGAUCAUAUGUUAUCGGGUACAGACCAGACAUACCAUGUUAGUCGGUAAAAUCAACCGUUUCUUUGGUUCAUGGAACCAGAAACAACAAGACGAAGGGAUGGGAAGAAAACCCUUUUUUUUUUUACUCGAACCCUAAAUUUCUAGCAUAAGUGUAUAACUUUCUAUGUUGGUAAGGCUCCCCCUCCAUUGACAUUGUUCGAACCCUCAACUGUAGAUUUUUUUUAGUUCCCGUAGUUUAUACUUCUGACUCCGUCACUCCACGCAUGGAUCCUGUCUCAUGACAAUCCAUUAGCCAAACAAUGCCUUAGCUCAAAGAAUAUUGUAUGGGCAAGCUAGCUAGGUAUAGAUAUAUCACUUUCAGUCUCUUCUGUAAACUCACAUGAGAGUACUACAGUUUGAUCCUAAUUGUGGGGGAGCGUACUAUUUGUUCCAUAUAGGGAAUCCUUUUUUCAUUUGAUUACGAUUGGACAUCCACCAAAGAGAGUAAAAUGUAGCUUUUAGAAGUGGUCCCAAAAAAAAAACCCCCAUCUUAGACCAGGGCCAUGGCUUUUGAAAUUUAUGUUUUUUGACAUUAUUUGAUGAUUAGCUACUAUUGAAUUGGACACAUAUCCUACAUGCCAUAUAUAUAAGAGGGGACCGAUUUUGAAUUCUCUGUUUCGGCCACACAUUCUUUAUAUCGGAUGACCAUCGCGACAAAGGAACAAAAUUUCAAAAUGCACACAAAAUUAUGUGGUUUGUUGUAACGCUAUGUGUUCAAAUGAGUUGGGAAGGACAACUUUUACUAUUUUGUUGCAUAUUGGAUUUAGAAGGUAUAUACAAAACAAUUCAUUUAAUCGAUAACAAUAUAUGCAAAUAUGGACACGAAAAUCAAAGAUAGUUCCGCAUAGCUCUGGAUGGCUAGAUAACAUAUUCAAGGUCAAUCAUGUUUGGUUUAUUUUACGAUAAGUAAUUUAAUUUGAUUUUUAGUUAGUUCCUGGUUUUAUCUUGUUGUCAACUGGUUAUGCUCUUUGUUUUCUAGAGUAACAAUAUUUGUAGGGGCUAGAUGUGUUUUAUUAGGCUUAGUUAAUCAUUCAAUAAAGUGAAUGAAUUUAGCCCUCAAAAAGUCUGAAUUAUGAAGAGUAUCGCAACUUCUCGAUCUAAGUUUCUCACACAACGGUAUCAGAGGCUAAUCACAAAUAAGCCAGAGAGAUAAACUCAGAGGAACAAUAUAGUAAACACGUGAGAGGGAGUGAUUAAGUGACAUACUCCUUUUUUUGGAGCAUGUCAUCACUUCCGAUCUUGAUGGUCACUGCGAUCAUCAUUAUUGGAGUAUGUCAAUGGAAAAAAUUUGUUAGAUAAAAAAAAUUAUGAUCCGUGAUAGAGACAAUAGUUGGAGAAUCAUAAGAAAACACCCACCCGACUCAACCUCAAAGGACCGAGCUUGAAGCCAACAAGCUUAAGGACCCUAUUAUCAUCCCUAGCUAGUAGAGAACCACUCUUGAUUGUUAAUUAACCGCAUUUAUGGGUUGAUCAUGAGCUGGUUAUGAUCAUUAUUUUCAGAAAUAAAACAUCUUAGGCCUAGCUAGUUUAUCAUUUUCAAUGAACAACUGAACGAAUUCGUCCUUAAAAACUACAGCACUAAACUAAGUCUGAAUUCUGCCGAUUAUAUAUCGUCAAAUCUCUUUGAAAAUGGCAAAGGCACGCAUACUUACAGUUUUACAUGUUCCACGCAGCUUUAUAUUCAGUGUGUGUUCUGCCGUUUUCAAUCAUAUAGCUGCAUGGAAAAGGGGAAAACGAUCGAUUGGUGGCCCAGUUCUCACGUGGUUUUUGGACCAGAGAGAAUUUGUUUCCUUGUAGUAGCAGGAAACAACAUACAUUAUGCAGUCCGUCGUAUUAUGGCACUAUUCCCUAAAAUCAAAGUCUCACCAUGGGGCAGACACCUUUCACUUUUCACCCUAUCUAAGUAUUGGGAUGAAUUGGCUUAAUGACUAGGUUUGUUUUGUUUUAUUUUAAGCAAGAUUGAAAUACCGUACUGUACACCGGCGGUUUGACCAGAAAAGCCUCCUACCGCGGAAGCGAAAAGGUUGAUAGGUGGUAUCUAACGAUAUGAAGCGGUUGAACCACGGUUUGAACAUAAAAUAUCCUACCAGGCCACUGACUUUUCCGGUACGCUAUUUCAAUCCUUGGUUUUACGAGACACGGAAGACAUGAGUAUGAGAUUCGUAUUUGAAAGAAUUUCAUGAUAGGGUUACAAUUCAAAUAUGUAUGCUCAUGGUUCAAGAAGGCACGUUUAAUCUUCUACUUAGACACGCUUUGGUAGUGGCGGAGCCACUUUGGUAUGAGUUUACAAAAACAUAAUUUUCGGUGUUGAAUUCUCUAUUCUCAAACCAGAAUCAGUCGAGAAACUAAAAUUGAUUUAUAUAUUUCUGUUUUUACUUCGGACCCACCAUAAAUCAUGAGAUUUUGGCUACGCCACUGCGCUUAGACGUCAGGCAACGUCAAAACACCUCGUCUGGCAGUUUCGCAGUAAAUUAGUUAAGGAAAACACAUCGAUAGAGUAAGGCGACACUUAGGACGGCCUCCUGGGUAUAAUUAGAUGGAGCUAGACGGUCAGUAUCAAAGGUGGGAUUUGGAUCAUCUACAAACUAAAAUCUUCUAUAUCAAUAUUUUCCAUAGCUUAAGGAACAUUUUGUAGCUAUUGAGCUAUGGUUCCAUGAAUUUGUGAGCUAAUUUUCUUUUUUUAUAUAUAAGGGUUAAGUAAGCUAUUAAUUAUUUUUAAUAUAAGUAUAAAAGUAUUGUAAAUUGUUAUUUCAUAUUUUAGUUCAUCAUCACGCAGUAAAAAAUACUAAUUUUUCUUCAAACGCCUAGAUACGCAUACAAUGCCUAAAUGAGCUAUAGGGACCGGGUUAGGCGAGACCCUAAUGCCCGACUUUACACCUAGCAUCUUUUCGAACCUUGUGUUUUGAUUUCUAGCUAAAAACCCCAAGUAGAGAAAGAUGAGAAUCACAAACAAACAAACAAAUUAGCCCUCCACAGCAGAAGUUCAGGCCCCUACCCCUUUGAUGAGGAAAAUAAGCAGCAGCCAAUAAGGCCGCUUGCAUUCUUAACUACAAGCAGCAGAGAGGUCUUGUCCUCUGCGCUAGCUGCAUGAAUUUAUCAGAAGAAAGCAAAAACCCUUUCUCUGAAGAGGCGCACGAGGGGAGACGCAGAGUGGGUAUCAGGCUGCAGCCAGUCUCAGUUCAACAACGCAUCCACUAGUCACUAUUCUUUACCCCACCGCCAGAAAAGAUGGGUAGAAUGUAAUACAACGACGACAUUUGCGAUAGUAGGGUUAAAGCCUUAAAAGGAUGUCAUCUUGAGAGAAGAGAAUAGGCCACAAAUGAAUGGGGCCAUAACACACCAGUCGAGUUCAGCUGAGGUCGACAUGAAGAAUAGGAGUUUAAGGAAUAUUGAUAUGACACAGAACGGUAUUGGACCGCGCGGAUUAAGAAAUGAAUGUAAUGUGGUUUACUGGUACAACGUGUGUGUUAAUUUAACCAUGAGCAGGAGAAACUGAUUUCGCUAUAUAUCAACGAGAACCCAUAUUGUAUAGGGUUGAGAAGGUUUAUAGAAGCAACUUCUCCCAAACCCUAAAAAUGUCAACACAAAAUUUUUCAAAAUGGAAAGGAAAAAUGAUAAAAACAGGCCUGGAAU